AUGUCGCCGUCCAUGAAGAAACGAAAGCUCAAUGGCUCCAACGAAAAGAGCGCUCCCACAUUGCCGACCACAAAAGAAGCCUCACCAGCCAAGGAUGCCGCUCCGGACAACGAGGAAAAUGCCGCCACUUCGGACGCUGCGCUGGAGAACAAGACAUUCGCAGACUUGGGUGUAACAGAGUCUCUAUGCGAUGCAUGCGCCAACCUUGACUUCAAAUCACCUACGGCCAUACAGGCAGAAUCAAUACCCAUAGCGCUCUCUGGCCGCGACAUCAUUGGACUUGCCGAGACGGGCAGUGGCAAGACGGCUGCUUUCGCUCUGCCAAUCCUCCAGGAACUGCUCGACAAGCCUCAGCCGAUGUUUGGACUUGUUUUAGCGCCGACAAGAGAGUUGGCGUACCAGAUCAGCCAGCAGUUCGAAGCUCUGGGCAGUCUCAUUAACGUACGAUGUGCGGUCAUCGUCGGUGGGAUGGACAUGGUGCCGCAGUCGAUAGCGCUGGCGAAGAAGCCGCACAUCAUUGUUGCGACACCGGGCCGUCUUCUGGAUCAUUUGGAGAACACGAAGGGCUUCUCGUUGGCACGACUGAAGUACCUGGUCAUGGACGAGGCAGACCGACUGCUUGACCUGGACUUCGGGCCCAUUCUGGACAAGAUCUUACAAGUCCUGCCAAAAGAGCGCCACACGAUGCUCUUCUCCGCAACCAUGAAUACAAAACUUGACAAUCUCACCCGCGCAGCCUUGCACAACCCGGUUCGCGUCAGCAUCAGCACUUCUUCCUACCAGACAGUCAAGAACCUGAAGCAGAAAUACAUAUUCAUCCCUCACAAGUUCAAAGACGUCUACCUCAUCUUCCUCCUCAACACAUUCGCCGGCCAAACAUGCAUUCUCUUCACCCGCACCAUCCACGAGACACAGCGCCUGGCUUUCCUCCUUCGAGCUCUGGGUCGCAGCUCGAUCCCUCUGCAUGGCCAACUCGGUCAAUCAGCACGACUUGGUGCGCUCAACAAGUUCCGCGCAGGUAGCAAAGACAUCUUGGUCGCUACUGAUGUCGCUGCGAGAGGUCUGGAUAUACCCAGCGUUGACCUGGUGCUGAAUUACGAUUUACCGCCUGACAGCAAAACUUACGUGCAUCGUGUCGGUCGAACUGCUAGAGCAGGAAAGAGCGGUGUGGCCAUCUCCAUCGUGACGCAGUACGACGUGGAGAUCUACCUACGGAUAGAGAAGGCUUUGGGCAAGAAGCUGGACGAGUUCUCCGCGGACCGGGAUGAGGCUAUGGUGUUCUCAGAGCGGGUCGGUGAGGCUCAGAGGGUUGCGAUACAAGAGAUGAAGGCGCUCAAUGAGAAGGAAAGAGGGAAGGGAGGUCGUGGAGGUGGAAAGGGUGGCAUUGGUGGUGGAAGGAUCAAGAAGGGUGGGAAGAGGGAUAGAGAGGGUAUGGACGCAGAUGAGGGGUGA